AUGCCUCGAUCCAUCGACGUCAUUUUGAGGCACGAGAACGUCGAACAGGCCAAAGCUGGAGACCGUGUUGUGUUCACCGGUACAUUAAUCGUGGUCCCAGAUGUAUCCAAGUUUGCAAAAGCUGGUGGUGAGACUGCUGUGGCUACACGUAACAAUAGCCAGCGACGUGGUGGAGAGAACAGUACCCAGGGAAUGCAGGGCGAAGGCGUGCGUGGUCUCAAAGCUCUCGGUGUUCGAGAACUCACCUACAAGACGUGCUUCCUUGCAUGCAGUGUACAGACUAUGGAGCAGCGCUUCAACAGCAUCUCAAUCCGCAGUGAAUUCAACGAAGACGGUGCUGAAGAAGACAGUGGUGAGGCAGCGUUGCAAGAAUUCAGCGACGAGGAAUUAGCUUCGAUCCGUGACAUGCAGCAAGACCCCGAUCGAUAUCUGAAGAUGGCCAAGUCUAUCUGUCCGUCAGUAUAUGGCCACGAUGAGAUCCGGAAGGGUAUUUUACUUAUGCUAUUCGGCGGUGUCCACAAGAAGACACUGGAAGGUAUUAAACUACGCGGCGAUAUCAACGUCUGUAUCGUCGGAGAUCCGUCCACGGCCAAGUCGCAGUUCUUAAAGUAUAUCGUCGGAUUCCUGCCUCGUGCCAUCUACGCGUCCGGAAAAGUGAGUUCUGCUGCUGGUCUGACGGCCUCAGUGACUCGAGAUGCAGACAGUGGAGACUACUGUGUCGAAGCUGGCGCUCUUAUGUUGGCAGAUAACGGUAUUUGCUGCAUCGACGAGUUCGACAAGAUGGAUCCCAUGGACCAAGUCGCAAUCCACGAAGCUAUGGAGCAACAGACGAUCUCUAUCACUAAAGCUGGUAUCCAAGCUACGUUGAACGCUCGUACGAGUAUUCUGGCUGCGGCAAAUCCUUACAAUGGUCGAUACGACAAGACCAAGACGCUCAAGUACAAUGUCAACAUCUCGGCGCCCAUUAUGUCGCGUUUCGACCUGUUCUUCGUUAUCCUGGACGACGGCGACGAAGUUACGGACCAGAAGAUCGCAGAGCAUAUCGUUAACAUCCACAUGCCAAGUGAAUUGCAAGUGGAAGCCAUGGAGAAUGGCGCCUACAGUGAAGAAGACCUCAAGAGGUAUAUCAAGUUCGCGCGCACGCUGAACCCGGUGAUCACUCCUGAAGCCAAGCGAAUGAUGGUGGCGUGUUACAGAAGUCUGCGUGAGAACGACGUGGUGAGCAAUGGACAGACCAAUAUCGCCUACCGUAUCACUGUACGUCAGCUGGAGUCUAUGAUUCGCUUGUCCGAGGCGUUGGCAAGACUCGAUCUCAGUGAGACCGUGCUGGUCUCACACGUACAAGAAGCGUACAGAUUACUCAGCAAGUCGAUCAUUCACGUGGAUAUGCAGAAUGUCGAGCUGGAGUUGCCUGUACCUGCAGUUGAAGGUGAAGACGAUGACGAUCACAACGGAGGUGGUGGUGGGGAUGAUGGAGGCGAUGACGGCCAGGACGGUACGAAUGGGUCUGGUGGAGAGCCCUCCACUAAGUCAGCGACUCCGAACGGUACACCAUCCAAGUCCAAGACAUCGUCUUCGCUCUCUUUUGAGCGGUUUGCGAGGAUCCAGAAGGCUAUUGGAAGGUUUAUCCGUGAGAAAGAAGAGGAAGCUAUGAGUGCCAAACUCGCUCGUGAUGCGAUCCGUGCACAGACUAGUAGUGAGCAGAAGGAGGAAGAGGAUUAUGAUGAUGAUGAAGCGACGGGAGUGCUACAAGGUGAACUCGUGACGUGGUAUUUAUCGUCGCAAGAUAUUACGUCGGAGGCGCAGCUCUCGCGUGAGAAGCAGAUGAUCUGCUCGGUGAUUGACAAGCUGUUGCAGGAUAAAAUCUUGUCUGUGGUGGAGAUGGAGGACGAUGAAGACGAGAACAUGGAGAAGGACAAGGAAAGCACCAAGAAACUCACUCCGGAGGAGCAAGAUGCCAAGAAACAACAGAGGUAUUUAACAGUGCACCCCAACUACGCCUUCGAGUAG